AUGUAUCUUAACUUAGUUUUAAAACUGGAAAAAUCAAAAGAAGACAAGGAUUUGUUGCAUAAACUUCUUAAAUUAAUAUUAAAACUAAAGUAAUCAAUUAAGCUAUAGAAAAAAAUGAAGAUAUGUGUUAAAAGGUAUUGUAAAUAAUUGAUUUUACAAGAUAAUUAAAUAGUGGUGAUAGAAAAAAUGAUAAAAGAUAUUUAAUAGAAAUUAUGUUUUGGAGAUUAAUGUAAUAAUAAGUAUUUUAAUUAUCAGUUCGUAAAGAAAAGAGAUAACUUAAAAGUUAUAUUAGUUUAUUUGA